UCGUGCAUGCGACCGCAUCGAAAUCGUUCUGUUUCCCAUCGCCGCGUUGACACUUGAACGGUGACGAUAUGAAUUUGUCUCGGGUGUAAAAAUCUUUAUUAUUGAUUGAUUUUCUCAUUUAAUUCGGUUUCGUCGCCGCCGAAGUCUGCUCGCAGACUAAUGCGACGGAACCUUUCGUUUAGUUGGUAAAAAGUUUAUUGUUCCAAGUGUAUUGUUAGAAAACCUCCAAAAUGGGGUCGUUGUUUAGGAGUGAAGAAAUGACACUAUGUCAGCUUUUCCUGCAAAGUGAAGCUGCAUAUGCUUGCGUGUCUGAACUCGGGGAGUUGGGGCUUGUGCAGUUCCGCGAUUUGAACCCGGACGUGAACGCGUUCCAACGCAAAUUCGUCAAUGAGGUCCGACGGUGCGAUGAGAUGGAGAGGAAGCUCCGCUACCUGGAGAAGGAGAUCCGCCGCGACGGGAUCCCCAUGCUCGAGAUCCCGGGCGAGUGUCCCGAGGCGCCCCAGCCGAGGGAGAUGAUCGAUCUUGAGGCCACGUUCGAGAAACUAGAGAACGAGCUCCGCGAAGUGAACCAGAACGCAGAGGCGCUGAAGAGGAACUUUCUCGAGCUCACCGAACUGAAGCAUAUACUGAGAAAGACCCAAGUAUUCUUUGACGAGCACGAGGGUGGUGCCAAUACCACUGAGUCGAUGACGCGCGCGCUGAUAUCCGACGACCCGAACAGACAUAUCGGACACGUCCAACUAGGUUUACGGGAUAAGCAAGAAUCUUUGGAAUUCCUGCCUUGUUUCGUGGCGGGAGUGAUCCUGCGCGAGCGCAUCCCCGCAUUCGAACGGAUGCUGUGGCGCGCGUGCCGCGGCAACGUGUUCCUCAGACAGGCGGAGAUUGACACGCCGCUUGAAGACCCGUCCUCGUCGGAUCAGGUGUUCAAGUCGGUGUUCAUCAUAUUCUUCCAAGGUGAUCAGCUGAAGACCCGCGUGAAGAAAAUAUGCGAGGGCUUCCGCGCCACCCUCUACCCGUGCCCGGAGGCGCCGGCCGACCGCCGCGAAAUGGCCAUGGGUGUCAUGACCAGAAUCGAAGAUUUGAACACGGUUCUCGGCCAGACCCAGGACCACCGGCACCGCGUGCUGGUGGCCGCUGCUAAAAACAUCAAGAACUGGUUCGUGAAGGUGCGCAAGAUCAAGGCCAUCUACCACACUCUGAACCUGUUCAACUUGGAUGUGACGCAGAAGUGUCUCAUCGCUGAGUGCUGGGUGCCAGCGCUUGACCUGGAGACCAUACAGCUCGCACUCAGGAGGGGCACUGAACGCAGUGGUAGCUCGGUGCCGCCGAUUCUUAACCGCAUGGAGACCCUGGAAGAUCCGCCAACGUACAACCGCACCAACAAGUUCACGUUCGCCUUCCAGAACCUGAUCUACGCUUAUGGCGUGGCCACUUAUAGGGAGGUCAAUCCAGCUCCGUACACAAUAAUCACGUUCCCCUUCCUGUUCGCGGUGAUGUUCGGCGACCUGGGGCACGGCGCGCUCAUGGCCGCCUUCGGCUUCUGGAUGUGCUACAAGGAGAAGCCGCUGCAGGCCAAGAAGAUUGACAGCGAGAUAUGGACAAUCUUCUUCGGUGGCCGUUACAUCAUUCUCCUCAUGGGCCUGUUCUCCAUGUACACGGGGCUCAUAUACAACGACAUAUUCUCCAAGAGUCUAAACAUAUUUGGCUCGGCGUGGCGGAACAACUACAACCAGUCCACGUUGGAGAGCAACAAGAUGCUGCAACUGAACCCCGACUCGGAUGCGUACACGCAGACACCCUACCCGUUCGGCAUCGAUCCGGUUUGGCAGCUUGCUGAAGCGAACAAGAUCAUCUUCAUGAAUGCUUACAAGAUGAAGAUUUCAAUUAUCAUCGGCGUCUUCCACAUGCUGUUCGGCGUUUGUCUCUCGCUGUGGAAUCACCUCUAUUUCAAGCGUCGCAUCAGCAUCUACGUGGAGUUCAUCCCUCAGAUCCUGUUCCUGGUGCUGCUUUUCUUCUACAUGGUGCUGCUCAUGUUCAUCAAGUGGACCUCGUACGGACCCAACGCUGCUCACCUCGGCAGCGACGAUCCCGAGAUAGUGAAGACGAGCGCUUACUGCGCGCCGUCGAUCCUGAUCACGUUCAUCAACAUGAUGCUGUUCAAGACGGACCCGAACACGCGGCCGCAGUGCAACGACAACAUGUACGCGGGACAGAUCGGGCUGCAGAAGUUCUUCGUGAUCGUGGCGCUGAUGUGCGUGCCCGUGAUGCUGUUCGGUAAACCCUACUUCAUCAUGAAAGAGCAGAAAGAGAGAGCUCGCCAGGGUCACCAGACGAUCGAGGGCGCGGCCGAGAACGGAGCCGCCGGCGGAGCCGCGCUGCCGCCGCCGCAGCACCACGACGAGGACAUCACUGAAGUCUUCAUACACCAGGCGAUCCACACGAUCGAGUACGUGCUGGGCAGCAUCUCGCACACGGCGUCGUACCUGCGGCUGUGGGCGCUGUCGCUGGCGCACGCGCAGCUCGCCGAGGUCGCCUGGAACAUGCUGCUGCGGAAGGGCUUGAUGUCCCGCGACUUCGAGGGCGGCAUCUUCCUAUACGUGGUGUUCGCCGGCUGGGCCGCCAUCUCGGUCUCCAUCCUCGUGCUCAUGGAGGGUCUAUCGGCCUUCUUGCACACGCUGCGUUUGCAUUGGGUGGAGUUCCAGAGCAAAUUCUACUCUGGUGAGGGCUACCUCUUCCAACCGUUUUCGUUCGAGGUCAUUCUCGACUCUGCCGGACAGGGAGAGGAGUAAACCUGUCCCGCUCACACACUACACAGCAUUGAGCGUCAACCGUUAUAGUGGCAGUCCUAUUGUACUUCGUACAUCACAUAUCUUUAUUUAAAAGUACCCACAUUUAUUUAUAAAAACUAAAACAUCACGAUUUUAACUAUUGGUGUGUUUUGUUUUAUUCUUUUUAAUAAAUAAAUAAAUAUAUUAAGAAAGCUCAAAAAGAAAUGAAAAGAUAUUUUAAUGUUAUAUUUAUAAAAAUUACUAGCUAAUAAUAAUUCCAAGAGCAUAUUCUUUGUUUAUAUAUAUAUAUAUAUAUAACGCGAAUUCUAUAAAUUUACUAUAUUUGUCGUUUCCGACAAUUGUUUCAACUUCAUCCGAAAGUCUCCUUAAGGGGGCUUACGCUGUUUUUCAUCAACAGUGAAUAGCCUCGCAUGUUACUUCUUAAAAGACUGGCAGCUUGCAAUUUCUUUGACAUUGCAUGUGCCUAUAGGUGGCAGUAAUCACUUACCAUCAGGUGAGCUGCAUGAUCAUUUGCUACCUGUUUUUUUUUUAAAUAACUUAGUGUAUUUUUGUCGCUUUCUUUUACAUUAUGAAUUGAGUUCGAAAGACAAGGACAAAACAUUUCAAUAGCUAAAUGUUAUUACUAAUGUUUUUAUAAAUAUGGAAGUACGUAUAUAAUGAAAUAAGGCUUCGAUGGAAGCACUACGAUGCAGUAUAUAUAUCUCUUUAAUUUAUUUAAUAAACGUAGGUAUUCAUCGUUGUCUAUUUAAUCACUAAUACUACGUAUUUUAGUGUAUAAUGCUGCAAUGGUUUCUUGCCUUAGAAGUAAUUUCUCGACGACAUUCAAUUGAAAAAUGUGAAGAUAGAAAUUUGUUCUGCCCACUCAAUGUAUGGUUACAGUAAUACAGACUAUAGUUUAAGUCAAAUGUACUCAAUUAUUGUCUAUAAACUAUUGAAAUUUCGUAUAAAACUUAAGUAAAUAAUUAAUUCAUUGCCAAAACAGUGUUUAAUGUUUUUUGUAUUUUGUUAGGAAAAUUAUUACUUUUUUUUUUUAUUUAUUUAAAUAGUUUCAGUCAAAUUUGGCUUACAACUGAAGCAAAUGUUAGUUUAUCAGUGGUGGAUUAAAGGGUGAGCGGGAGGGGCGGCCCGUGCCAGGCCUCUGGCCCUGGGGGCCUUCAGACAUCUUCUUCCAUGCCCACAUUCUAUGUAUUUUUUAUAUAUUUCAAUGUAAAUUAAAUUUCACUUACAAGAUUUUAAUUAAAUAAACACUUAUACAUACAAAUGUGAACUGAAUAAGAAUGUGAACAGGGGGAGACUUUGUACAAAAGUCGAUUGCUUGGGUACCUCUGUCCCAUUCGUGUUUCAACCGUGAAGCAGUUGUGUUUGCAUGGCUGUGUUUCGGUUUGAAGUGUGAAUUUACUGGGUACAGAGGAAUAAUACCUGAGUCCUCAGGAAAGGCAACGCAUGGUGGGUAUCAUGGGCGAAACAGUACACUCUGUUAUGUCCAUGGUACUGCUCAUGUCUAAAGGCGACGGUUACCACUUUUCAUCAGGUGCACCGUCAGCUUGUUUGCCAUUCUAAGUUGUAUAAAAAAAACCAUGUAAAAUUAUAUCAACUUUUUUGGUGCCACAUUCAGUUUUGCCACCUCCUUAGGCCUUAGUCCGCCACUGGUAUUUAUUAUAUUUAAAUGAUGGAAUACCCUUAGAGUUAUAGAAAUAUAUUAAAGUCUUUUUUACUUUGUAAACUGUGUACAUCAUGUAAGUAAUUCUUUUGUAUAUUUUCUAUUCGAACACACUUGUCAAAAUCUAGUGUGUUAGUCGAAAUGAUGUAUCCUCAAUAGUAUAACUCGACAAUUUCAUAUGUAGCACUUUCUUGUGAAUGCGUGGGCUGCAAUGUAAGGUGUGAACGGAAUAUGAGACUAUAACAGUGAAGGGGAACCCACGUCUACUCGCAGAUAGUGUAAUUUACUCCCCAUACGUAUUUCUUACGGUGCAUAAAUCAAACGAUAUCAAACUGUAGUGCUACACACAAAAUUGUCGCGCUAUACUGAAUUUAAUAUGCGUAGACUUUUUGUGUUGAAGAUAAAAUUGACUGGAAUUAAAAACAUGUUUUUGUAUGUAAUAAACACGUGGAACGAAUGUUACUUUAUUCAUUUUGUUACCCAAUUUUCGAUGUGUACUUAAAUAAUUUAAAAUUCCAUACCAGAGGCUCUCUUUUACUGUAAUUGAUGAAUGAUUAUAUAACUUUGUCAUUCCAAUUGUUGUCAUGUAAUUUGUUCGGAGCAAUGUUCUGCACGCGCGUCACGUAGGUGUAGUGGUAACAAAUAAAGAUUGUUCUCGUAGAA